AUGUAUUUGCAGAUUGUGAGUUUCAUAUUCAUACUGAAUUUGGCUCAUUUGUUGUGUGCAUUGAUAGGUUUGUGUUGCAGUAAUCUGCGCCUCCAGAAACGGCUAGCAUCCGAUGUGCUGAAGUGCGGUAAGAAAAAGGUUUGGUUGGAUCCGAAUGAGGUGAACGAGAUCUCAAAUGCCAACUCCCGUCAAAACAUCCGUCGUUUGGUCAAAGACGGUCUCAUUAUUCGCAAGCCAGUUGCAGUUCAUUCCAGAUAUCGUGCACGCAAAAAUGCCGAAGCUCGUCGUAAGGCAAGUUCCGGAAAGCUCUUAUAA